AACUUUCUUGAAAGAUGUAUUUCCAAUUUUUAUUUAAUUAUUUGUGGGAAUUUAUGAAAUCUCGUAAUUUUUGUUUUUAUUGUUGUUUUCCUUAUUAGGUUUAAUUCCAUCUAUUUCAUUUCUUAUUACCUAAAUAUGUAUAUCUAAAUGGGAGAUAGUAUAUCAAUUUUGAAGACAGUUACAGUCUUCUUCGUCUAUCCCUUUACCUUUAAAGUAUCCGGCGCUGUUUAUUUAAUCGAUGACACCCUCUAUUUUUCGUUUCCAUGGUAAACUGAUUGUUUGUCAGUGUUGAGAUAUAUAAUAAUCCGUGAUGAUAAUUGUAACGAAAUUAAAACAUGGAUGCUGAAACAGAAACUGAAAAAUAUUUAAUUAAAAGAACAAAUGAAGAUGGAGAAAACGACCAAGAAGAGUUCUCUUUCUUUAACCUCCUAGACCAGCCCAGAGUUCUUCCGGAACCAGUAAAUUUAACGUUUCAACAUUUAAAAGAUGUCGGCUACGAUUUGGGAUUAAUAGAUUUAUGUUGGCCGGAAGAAAUCAAGCCAAUUUUUGAAAAUCGCACAGACUUUCCCAUAAAAUACAUAACCCACACUGAGAAAGAAAGAGUCCUAUUAGUGUAUACUAAAAAUUUCAGGAAGAAGUUUAUUCGUAAGUACCCCAAUAGAAAACCAUUAUUUUUAGUGAGGGAUAACGAAUGUGGGGUGUUGAAAAUGGUCUGCACUACCGUCAAGCCUACAGCUUUGCCUUAUCCUGUGUUCGAAAUGUGGGACACUUGUGCCGACUUUAUAGGCGAUCAUAUAAAAUUCGAAACACUUGAAAGUAAACCGUUGCUUUUACCGAAUCAUUUAUACUCACCGCAUACUACAUUAUUGCGCCAAAGUGGUACUUCCUUCGAAAUUUCUACAGUUUUAUGCUCCAUUCUCAUUGGCGUAGGCUACGAUGCAUACGUAGUCUCAGGCUACGCCGACAGGGAUAUUGCUCUAAGAAUUAUGGUUCGAGUAGACUGUCCCUUCCCGCCUUUUAAGGAAGAAGAGGAAAAACCACCCGAAAAAUCUAAAAUCGAAAAAUAUGCCAUUAAACCUCCCAAUGAUUAUAAAAGCAAGUUUUUGAUGAUGAUGGAACAGAGAGAACGCGAUAAAUUAUUUAAGCAGGACCUACAAGCUGCAGAGAGAGAAAGAUUGAGGUUAUUGGAAGAAGAAAAACCGCCAUUCGAUGAACUAGAUGGUCAAAGAAUCCACGCUUGGGUUCUAAUCAAGGCCGGUUUUAAGGGAAUAAAGGAACAUUUUUUCAUCGAGUCCACCACAGGAAGACCUUAUUCGCUUAACACAACCAAGUACUUCGGUAUCGAAAGCGUUUGGAAUCAUCAAAAUUACUGGGUGAAUAUACAAGACUGUUCUAAAGGUCUCGAUACAAUUGAUUACACUUUAACAAAUAAUGAGAAAUGGAUCCAUCUUCUAGCAGGCGAACCGUUUGAACUCCGAAUACAAAAAGAGAAAGAUCUAGGUGAUGAUGAUACCAGUAGAGAUAUGUUUGUAGAAAAACAUUUGGACAUGCCCCAACCUUGGCCGUUAAGGCUUUAUGUAUCGCAUGAACGUUUACAGGGACGUUUUCCAGAUGGAGGUUGCAGAGUAACGAAUUACAAGCGUGUUUUAGUGGAACAGUUCGCACCUUUCGCAUCUCCCGAUGGCUUAACUAAACGACUUACCAGAUACAGAGACUUCGCUUGCACAGAUCCAUUUCUUAUCGAAGAGGAAUACGAAUAUCGAAAAGACAAAUUCUGCAGAAGUAUAUAUGAUUUUUCAACUGAUAUUCUCACAAACUAUUUCAGUACCGGGCGAGACGACGCCAUCAUUAAGCAUGUUUUCACCAAGGGUUGUUACGCUGUUGAGGCGCAUCGCGUGCUUUUCUUUAAACAUACUAAUAGAGCUGAUUAUCUUCAAAAAAUGGAAAUAGAAGAGGACAAAGUAAUAGAACACUUUAAGGAAAGAACAGACAAACUGAUAUUUAGACAAAUUAAUUACUUAAAGGAAGAAGAAGAAAAGAAAACAAAGCAAGGUUACAAACGUUUCAUUUUAACGAUGAUACAAAAGUACGAACGAGAUGAUACCAAACCGUCUCAUGAAGACAUAGCCAUUAGAGAGUUUGCUUUGGUUGACCGAGAAAUUAGACUCAAAUACCAUUAUGGACCAAAUAAUAUCACUGCAUCUACUAGAGUUUUUAUAAAGCCUUCAGUCACUGAAUGGGGAGAAGAUCUGGAAUUUAACUCAGACCUAACCUAUGGUUAUCAAGCUGAAGUUGGUGUUAAACUUCCUCGCCAAGUGGAACUUUUUAAAAUGUUCCAUUAUCAUCUUAAGGAAGAACACGCGUGUUUAAUUAGUUUUAGACAGAUUGAAAAGUACUUGGCAGAUUUUUUGACGUCAAGAGUUAAGGAAUUGACUGAACCACAAUUAGACGUUCCCAUUUUCAAUAGGGAACAAAACAGUCAAUACAGAGAGCAAAUGCUCGAAAAAGAAGCGAAGAAGAAAAUAUGCCAGCAGAAAGAAUGUUUCGAAGCUGUGGAUUAUCUUGCACCGUACAUUGUUAAGUAUCGUCGACCGUUAACCUUUCAACAGGCCAAAACAGCUAAAAAUGAAUGCCUUAAAGAAUAUAAGGAGUUAAUGGUUGACAGAGCUAACAAUUUAUACAAGCAGUAUGAGAACCUGGAUGCUAAACUGCGUUCGAUGAAAAGUUAUUAUGCCGCUGAACGUAGCAACUUAUCAGAAAGUGAAGAAACUGAAUAUUAUAGAGAAGUCACGCAACUGGUUGAUACCAUGAAAGCAAUUCAAAUACGUACAGAUAGACACAAGCAGUUAGCUUCUAUUAGAAUUAAGCAAGUGGAGAAUUAUUUGAAUAGUCAUCCACUUUUACAAAUAUUACGGCAGCGUUCAAAGAAGUAAUUGGACGGAUGCUCAACAAUUAAUUGUUUCUCGUAAUAUAUGCUAAUAAAAAUAAUUAGUUGUACUUCUUAAUUCUGAAUAAUAGCUUACACGGGGAUUUUCGUCUAGUGAAAAUGGUGGUAUUUGGAAAGAAUAUUUAACAAUAUAAACAGAACUUUUAUAAUAUUUACUUUGUUUCCGUGAGAU